AUGGAUGAAGCUAACAAUUUUGAAGCUGGUGGUGGUGAUAGCUCACUUGCGGGAGUAGAUCGCGAUGGGUACGAGCUGGUGACUCUGCCUGCGCCAGGUGCAGUGCGCAUGCGGCAUAAAGCUGCUUUGAUAUCCAAAGAUGAAAUGGCGCGUUUUUCCUUCCCUGCUGCUCGUAGCAGUCCUUUGGAAAACAAAGAAGACAAGUCCAGAGAUGCUGACUCAAGAGGCAGAUAUGUGAAAAAGGAGAACACGAGACCAAGUUCGAGGCCCAAGCUGACCAAACAUGGCUCAGAUCUGUCCACCACAUCUUCGGCCAGCUAUAUCACCGAGGACGACCUGGCCAGUGUUCCCAAGAGGCUCCAGGAGUUUGACGAUGAACGGAGGAUCAGUGAGACAGGCAGUGCUAGCUACCUUACUCUGGAAUCAGACCCAGAACCUUGUCCUCUGUCUCGCAGCCGAGCAAGUUCUCGGUUCAGCUCAGAGCCUCUGUACCAAAUGUACAAUCAAGAUUUUAUUAAGCGUAACACUUUGGACAGGAAAAUGACAAUGCCAACACAUGCUGAAGAAGACAGUGACGAAGAGUCCAGUGAUAACGACCUCUACGAUGACACAGAGAUUGGGCCCCUAUCCCACAAUUCAUCACACUCCGAGGAUGCAUACAGCUACGAUCAGGCGGAGGAUGUAAGGAAAUCUCAGGCUUCUGAAAGCAGUCAACACACGUCGAAGUUGUAUGCAAAGACACCAACAGGAACUAGAACACUUUGGUGCGAGAUGCCCGAGGUUAAAAACAGUGGGGUCCUUGAGCGAAUGUCUUCUACAGAGCGAAAAUUGCAAGAGGCAAUUUUCGAAGUGAUCACAUCAGAGGCUUCGUACCUGAAAAGUCUUGACCUCUUGGUGGAGCACUUCAUGAACGCAGAAGCCUUCAACGCAGAGCAUUCCAUGAAGUGCGUGCUUGAACGGCGCGACAGACACGUGCUGUUUUCAAACAUCAAGGCUGUGCGGGAUGUCAGUGAGAAAUUUCUCAACGAAUUGGAACCAAAAAUGAUAAGCUAUAUGUCCUCGUUUAUGGAGGAUCUGGAAGACACCUGGAAGAAGAGCAUCCAUCUAACAGAUCUGUGUGAUGUCAUCACUCAUCACGCAGAGAAAAACUUCCAAGUCUACGUCACUUACUGCAGUAACCAGAUGUACCAGGACAGGACACUGAAGAAAUUACAAAAAGAGAACCUAGAAUUCGUGGAAGAGUUGCGGAGGUUGGAAUCGGACCGUGAGUGUCAGGGUUUGAAUAUGAACUCCUUCCUACUCCUUCCUAUGCAGAGAAUCACCAGACUUCCUCUGUUGAUAGACGCCAUACACCACCGCAUGGAGAGUGGGACAAAGGAGCACCAAGCCGCCCUACAUGCACAUGGGGUGCUCCAGAAGCUGGUUAAGGAUUGCAAUGAGGGAGCAAGAAAAAUGGAGAGAACAGAAGAAAUGUGCAACAUCAGCAACCAGCUGCAGUAUGCCAAAGUGAAAAAGAAGCUGGCCCUAAUCUCCACCUCUCGUUACCUGGUAAAACAAGGCGACCUGGCACGUAUAGUCUGGGAGCAGCCAAGUCGCUUCUCCCUGGGCAAACCUAAGCCUACAAAACAGACCCUGUACUUCUUCCUGUUUAAUGACCUUCUCCUGGUCACCAAGAAAAAAGGAGAUGAGUAUUCAGUUAUAGAUCAUGCUCAGAGGAGUCAAAUCCACCUGGAGGACGUGCAGUUAGACGCCAUGCAAAAGGAUCACCGUCUUCCCUACGGAAUUCCCGUAGGCUGCGACCACUUGUUCAUCCUGGUGCUGCUCUCUAAUCACGAAGGCAAGAAUGUGGAGAUGGUCAUUUCUUGCGAGUCUGUGAGUGAGAAGCAGCGCUGGAUGGACGCCUUGUCAUCAUCACAUGACGAGUGUGAUGAUGAGAAAAUCUACGAGGCCUGGGACUGUCCCCAAGUUCAGGCUAUCCAUCCCUACACAGCCCAGCAGCAUGAUGAAUUGACCUUGGAAGAAUGCGAUGUCAUCAAUGUCCACAAAAAGAUGGCAGACGGCUGGUAUGAAGGUGAACGAAUACGCGAUGGGGAGCAUGGCUGGUUCCCAUCCUCAUACACUAUGGAAAUUGUCAGCGAACAUCUACGUGCCAAGAACCUCAAGAUGCGUUAUCGCCUCAUGGUUGUUUCCAAGGCAAUGUAUGAUGAACAGCACCAGAAAAAAAAGAAAGACAAAGAUAAGAAAGACAAAAAAGGGAAGAAAUGAUGUACACCUUGAAAUUGGAAUGAACAAUAUCAGGAGGAGACUGAUUUAUUAUGUCAUAUACAAGUAUGUGCCCCAUAUACUCGAAGGCUCACUGAAGAUACAUUUUUGCUUGAAUAGAUAAAACCAAUCACAAGAGCUGAUAUGAAAAACUUUAUUAAGCAAAAUAUCCCAGUUUGAUAUUAUUAAAGAAUAUGACAUGGGAGAUGGUGAUUACAAUAUUUGGAAGGAAAAAGAUGGCAUGCAUCGCUGAAAUUGCCACAGUAUGUACUAGGCUUGUCAGUAGAGGACACCCUCUGCUUUCACAAGUCUCUAGCUUAGACUACUAAGAAGCUGAAGAAAACAUUCCCAAAAUUGUCUUCCCACAACUACUGAUGGUUUUAUGUCUGAAAAAAUGGUUUAAAAAGAAGGAUAAACUAGUAGUUAAUUAUUUUUUAAAAAUUUUUCAUGAUGUCUGAUAAUUAUCUCUAUGUGGUUAUUCCAUCCACUGCCUAUCCCCACCUUAUCAGUGAGUUGAUAAAACAACUAUUAUGUAAAUAAAAAAUGAGAUUGUUGCCAAUUGUACAUAAAAUGGCUUAAUUACAUGCAGGGGUAUCAUUCCACUUGAGAUUUGCGUAACAUAUCUAUUUGAAGAAUAUAUGCAGUGAAAAGUACAGCUUUAAGUAUAUAUCUCUAUUGAACAGUUAUUCUGUUUGAACAACUGCUGGCCAGUGAUAUCACACUUGUGGUAGAUGUGAUGUCAUACUGGCUUCAUGUUUUUGUAAGCUGUGACAUCACACUUGUAGUAGAGGUGACAUCACACUGGCAUCAUGUUUUGUAAGCUGUGACAUCACACUUUGGUAGAUGUGAUGUCACACUGGCAUCAUGUUUUUGUUAGCAAUGACAUCACACAUCGGUAGGUUUGACAUCACAGAUGUGAUAUAUGUGACAUCAUACUAGCGUCAUUAUUUUGUUAGCAAUGACAUCAAACUAUUGUUUACUUGACCCUCAUAGAUGCAUCAAAGAGCCAAUGUUUAUAAUUACUUAUAACUAUCAGUGCUUUAGUGAGCCUUAAAUGUGAGGUACCGUAGCUUUUGCCACAUGUAUAUAUAAAUGUUUUGUAUGGUUAGAAACACUUCAUGGAAUUGGUUUUAAAAAGAUGCUCAUAAACUUCUUUGUUUUAGUUUAAGUUGUAGAUGCUUGUAAAGUUGAUUUUAUAAAAAGCAUUGCUUAUUUUGUAUGUAUGUCUUGAAUUUGAACCAAACAUUCUGUUAAUUAAUUUCACUUUAUAUAAUUAUGUUUAUGUGUACCAAACAUAAUGUUCAUCCAUUGUUAAUAGUGCUUAGCUGUUUUUAGAAACAAUUUAUCUUUAAUGAGCAUGAUAUUUUGCCUAAAGUUUUGAUUACUCUACAUGUGUUAUAUAUAUUUAUAUUAGAUGUAAAAAAGUGGAAAUAGCUAUUAGAUGUAAUAUAUAAUUAUAUAUUGUGUUGAAUUAAACAGCCCUAGCAGUGCCUUUUUUGCAGAUUUGAAAAAAUAUUUUGCAAGUGUAAAUAGUUUUGAAGAAGUACAAUCAUAUCUUGUUAAUUUAGUAAUUGGUUUUUAAUUUUACAGGCACAA